AUGGCCUUGGAAAGUUUGGGAGUUACAUCAGAAAAAUACGCGUGCAUUCUCGCGCCGUUAGUUGAAUCCGGACUUCCGCAGUCAAUUUUGCGGGAAUGGGAUCGUAAGCGGAAGUCGUGCGGCACUGAUGGAUCCCUCUUUGAGGCUGCAGAUCAAAUGGUAAAGUUGCGAGAAUUUCUGAAGAGAGGGGUCGAAAGCGAGGAGCGGUUUCUGCUAGCUAGGAGCACGUUUUCUGUCCCUAAGGAAAAGGGCGCUGCACCAAAGAGCAGUGCUGGGAAUGUUAAGUCCUCGACUGGAAAGUACACCACAGCUGCUGACCUAGUAGGUAUUGAGUCCACUGAAGGCCAUAAAGAUGUCAGUUGCAUUUUUUGCAAGAAUUCUCACAAUACCGAAUUGUGUUCAGAGGCGAGGGACAAGAGCAAAGAGGAGAAAAUUCAGCUCCUCAGAGCUAAAAGCCUCUGUUUUAAGUGUCUGAAAAAAUUCCACGCGAAACGGCCCUGUAAGGAAAAGCUGUGUUGCUUAAUUUGUGCUGAACCUCAUGUUACUGUGAUGUGCCAGUUCCUCGUAACCGGAAUUAAACGUCUACUGAAACUAGUAAGGCAGCUAAGAAAGAAAACGAUAUAG